UCCCGAUUGGAAAUGCCAAUUCUCGGACGGCGACACUACAAUCACCAACCAUAAGCAAAAUGAGCGUCCCGCGUGCGAGGCUAUUGAGCCUUACAAAAGAACAAUGCAAAGUCUUCGCGACAACAUACAACCCUGAGCAGGCCAGACUCGGCAACAAGGUCCUGCGCCAACGCCUCCGCGGCCCUGCAUUGGCAUCAUAUUACCCUCGAAAGCUCGUCACAAUCAAGGACGUGAAUAAGGAAUUUGGUCCUGCGUUGGCGACAUGGGACGAGGUUCAGGAGGACCGAUUGACACACUUGGAAGGAUUAAAACAGCGUGGCAAGAGUGCGCCGAAAAAGAAGACCGCACCUCCUGCUGCCGAUGCCAAGGGCGCAGGCAAGAAAAAGAAAUAAACCCUACGCUAUUCAAGGAGCGAAUCACCUCGAAUGAUUACGAAAUACAACACAAUAUUAAACAAUCACAAUCAUCAUGGCGCUGUCUGAGACGGUGGGAAAAAGUUGGAUGCGGAAUUCACUGGUUGGCAGCAAUCACCCCAGCAGUACCAUCAUGUAACACACCCUGUACUAUUAACUGUUAGAUAUUAAUUUACCGUCCUAUGUUUAUAA